AAUAGUAGCUAGUAGGGGAAGAAGGUAGCACCAAUGACACACACAAACACAAACACAAACACAAACACAAACACAAUCACAAUCACACCCUCUACCUCUACCUCUACCUCUACCUCUACCACUGAUUCAUUCACCUUUCAACAUCUCUCUCCUUCUCUCUCCUAUUUCGGCAUGGUUCUUAUGCUUGAACCUUCUUCACAAUCACAGAUCUGAACAACCAAACCCUAUCCCUAUUCUCAUACCAAAUAUGUGUUCUCUCCGUGCAGAUCAGAUCUACCCAGACCCAGAUGCCUUCGGAUUCGGAAUCGGAAUCGGAAUCGACCACUUCGAUCGCCUCCCUGACUCUCUCCUCCUCCUCGUCUUCAACAAGAUCGCCGACGUCAAAGCCCUAGGUCGCUGCUGCGUCGUUUCCCGCCGCUUCCACACCCUCGUCCCUCAAGUCGAAAACGUCGUCGUUCGCGUCGACUGCGUCAUCUCCGACGACGACUCAUCUUCCUCCUCCGCCGCCUCCGACAAAUCCCGCGGCCCCUUCUGGAACCUCCUCCGCCUCGUCUUCGGCGGCAUCGCCAAACCCAUCCAGACUCUGGGUCAGUUCCUGGGUCCAAAGAGAGCUUCCUCGUCUUCCUCCUCCUCGCCGCUUGCAGUUGGGAGUGAAGACGACGGCGACGGCGGCGUCACCCACCACUCCCCGACGCAGGUUUUGAAGAAUUUCAACGAGAUUCGGUUGCUCCGGAUCGAGCUUCCUAGUGGGGAGUUAGGGAUAGAGGAUGGGGUUUUGUUGAAGUGGAGAGCUGAUUAUGGUUCAACUUUGGACAAUUGUGUGAUUCUAGGUGCGUCUUCAGUGUCUCACCCUAAGUCGCAAGAUGGUAAUAGAGUUGAUGCUGCUGCUGCUUCGUGUGGUAGUGAUGACAAUGGAAGCAUACCUGAUUCGUUUUACACAAAUGGGGGUCUCAAAUUGCGGGUUGUUUGGACGAUUAGCUCGUUGAUUGCUGCAUCUGCUAGGCAUUACUUGCUGCAACCCAUCAUUUCAGAGCACAGGACUUUGGAUCAUUUGGUGUUGACAGAUGCUGAUGGUCAGGGAGUGUUGUAUAUGAAUAGGGACCAGCUUGAGGAGCUGAGGGUGAAGCCGCUUUCGGCUUCGUCUGCGUCGAAGAGGACUCUUGUCCCUGCUCUUAAUAUGAGGCUUUGGUAUGCACCCCACUUGGAGUUGCCUGAUGGGGUUGUGUUGAAAGGUGCUACUCUUGUUGCAAUUAGACCCAGUGAGCAGUCCCCUGCUACCUCAGCGAAGAAGGAAGCUUCGGAUUUGUCUUGGGUGUCAACAGCAUUUGAGGAGCCUUAUAGGACAGCAGCCACAAUGCUAGUGAAGAGGAGGACUUAUUGCCUUGAGAUGAACUCCUUCUGAUGCUUUGUGGUUGGCUGGUUGGAUCGAAAGGGAAUGCCGAAUCAUUUGAUAAUCGGGGAACGCUAAGUUCCUCAUAGAAGGAAUCAGAAACACAAAUUUUCUUUGGGCAUAUACAUCAAGUGGAAGCAGUUGGGCCAACUAAAUCUUGCUCUUUCCAGCUUCUGAAACUGUGGCCCGCAUUUGAGUAGUUAUUAAAAGAGCUGAAAAUCAUUCACCUAUCUUGCGUGGACCGAAAACUGAAUGCAUCUGCUGGUUUUUUAAUAUGAGGCAAUGCUGAUAUUGUAAGAGCUUUGAGUUUGUAGUCAUCUGCCUUCUAAAGGUCUCCCUCUGUGAAUAUUCUAGGUAUCAGUUUGGUUUGCCUUUGUGAUAUAUAUUUCUCAAGUUAAACGAGCAAUGUACUUUUGCUUUUGUAAUUUUAAAUAACUUGUGGAUGAGAGUCAAUCAUACCAUGCAUACUUGUUCCUGUUUGAAGUUUUGUUGUAGCUAAAGUGAAUCAUAUUAGUAUUUCCCAA